CCAAUGGGAGCGCGGGGCGGCCUCUCCCCCGUCCCUAUGGCUGUCAGUGAUGAUGUUCCUCUGAUCAGGUGACAUGGCGGGGCUGAACCUGACGUUUAGUGCCAGUGGGUUUUUGGGGAUUUAUCACCUGGGGGCCGCGAGUGCCCUCCUUCGGCACGGCAGGAAGCUGCUGGGGAAAGUGGACAACUACACGGGGGCGUCAGGGGGGGCUCUCGUCGCUGCCGUCCUGGUCUCAGAGCCCGAGAAGCUCGAGCAGUUUUGCAAACAAUUUACUUACAGAUUUGCAGCUGAUGUGAGGAAGCAGAGAUUCGGGGCACUAACCCCAGGCUAUGAUUUUAUGAGGCAACUGAGGGAAGGUAUGGAGGGAAUCCUCUCGGCUGACGCGCACCAGAAAGCUCACCUGAGGCUCCACGUCUCGAUCACAAACAUCAAAACCAUGAAAAACUACCUGGUUUCCUCCUUCGCUACCAGAGAGGACUUCAUUACGAUUCUUCUUGCCAGUAGCUUUGUGCCGUUCUAUGCUGGGGUGAAGCCGGUGGAAUACAAGGGAGAGACCUGGAUUGAUGGGGGAUUAACCAACAGGCUCCCGAUCUUGCCCACGGGCCAGACCAUAACCGUUUCACCCUUUGAUGGCCAGCUUGACAUCUGCCCGGAAGGUGAUGGGAGAACGCGUCCUUCCAUCAGAAUUGCAAAGCAGGACUUCAUACUGUCCAAGGCUAACUUUGUCAGGGUGAAUCAUGCUUUCUUUCCACCGAGUCAAGAGAAGAUGGAGAUCUUGUAUCAGAAUGGGUUUGACGACGCUGUGAGAUUCCUGAGGAGUAAAAGCUGGCUGGACUAGAGAGAGAGAGAGAGAGAGAGAGCUAACAGGAGGGUCUCUGUGUUUGGUGCUCACACACUCAUACCCAUUCACGUCAUAAGGCUUAAACACCUGGACCUAAUGAUAAGAUAAUAAUAAUUUGGUGACUCAAUCC